AUGGAGACUCUGAAGAGCGAUGAGGAAACGUAUCUGACACCAGAAGCUCUUGUGUUGGCAUGGAAACAGCACCUUGCAGCGGGUGAGACAGCCCACCACAUGAAAAUCAAGCAGAAGCUCGAGAUAGCCACACAAGACCUCAUCACCAUUCUCAAUAAGAAAGUCGUACCUCCAUGCUAUGACAGGCCAUUGGAAUUCUUCAUCUACCUUGACGAAGCACACACUCUGACAGAAGGUGAACUUACCCAAGCCAUUGGUAGCCCUCCUUCCCGUGCUCUGGACAUCUUCAAUACUGUCUUGGGAUGGCUAGUGGGGUUUCCGUUCUUCACAAUAUACAUAUCCACAACCAAUCUUGAGCCAGCCGCUAUGCCUUCCAUUUCUUAUGGGCCUGUGUCUCAUCAGGAACCCCUCAACACUCCAUUCACUGAGCUCCCCUUUGACGUUUUCGCAUGCGACGUCAUGGAGUAUCUUCGUGCUCUAGGAGGAGGACGCAUUUUCCUUGAAGACACGCAUAGUGAACAAUACCUGAGAAAGUUCAGCGCUGGGCAGACCAUCAGAGGUCGGGAGGACCUCCUUUAUGCAUGUGUGGGCCUUACUAUUCCCUUUGUUGUCCUUCCGAAUCAAGAUGGGCAAUCCAGGUACCCAUCAGAGCCCCUCCUCGUCGAAGCAGCAUCCCAACUAUUCCCAGGAGGCCAACUGGAAACAUACAUCCCACACACACUCAACAAGGCAGAUUCAGAGGGUCUCCUCACCAAGGAUAACCGAUCCCAGCUAGUCGGCAGGUGCAUCAUCAUCCUCGCCCAACAAAGUGUCAUUUCCUGCUUCCUCCCUUCCUCCCAAUUGCCAUUCGGAUCUAUGAUAGCCCACGGUCACCCAGUUCCUGUCCUGGUCCUUCUCAACCACAUGUUCAACCAGAAAUGGCAAGACUUCAUCUUGAGCAUCCGGCCUGUCAGUGACGAACAUGGACCCCCUCUCCGCAAAGCGUUCAAGGAUGUCUAUGUCAAUUUUACUCAUUUCGCUGAAGCUGGUGACAACAAGGUCAUCCAGUACCUGCCCCAUAUGAUGCUUCGGUUCUUGAUGUAUGGCUGCUGCUCUAUGAACUCUGUUGACUUGAUCACUGCAAUGCACCAUGGUUCUCUCCAGAAUCUUCUCUGCGAUAGCUCGACGUCUCAGCUGGCUUUCCAGAUCCAAGACUACUGUCAUGCUGGCUCAGAAGGACCUGCCUGUGCUGUCGUUGCUUAUGCAGUUGGGGAUCGAGGAUAGGUCAAGGCAUUGGGUUGAAUCAUUCAAACCAGGAGCGUGCACUGAGAGCAUCCACCGGAAGCAUUAUCAGAUUAAUGCCGUUGGAUGUUCUUCUGAGGUCUUCACUGUGAUUCCAGUGAAGGAAGAGUGUACCUAUCAGAGACUGUUGCAUCCGACAUGCAGAGAUGACUGCUAGGAAGCAUAAGGAUGCGAAUCUUUCAGCCUUUCAUACACAGAAACCGGCAUUUUUUGCUGAUAAAGUCAAGUCGUGGAACUGGCUGCAGGAUGGGAUAAAGAGCAAGGAAGAUAUCAAGAAGGCCUUGGUAAUGUGAACCUGUACAUGUAAUGUAUGCAAUUCCACGAUUCUUAUAUGUAGCAACAUAUUGUAGUAAUAGCA